CUAUUACACUACACCUGCUUUGUUGUGUUCUCUCUCGUGUCGUGUGCAGCAGAGAGAGAAAAUACACUUAAAGAGACACCUUUGAAGUUAUUUGCAUGCGUUAUUCGCUUGCUUAUCAUAGAAAGAGAAACUGAACGUUUAUUUUGGUACAAAGCAAAAACCGAACUUGCGAAAAUGAGUCCUACAACGAGAGUGAGAAAAUCCACUAAUCAAGCCUCACGAUCUGGAGUUUCCGCCAAUAUUAUAACAAGGUCACAAUCUAGCAGGGCAACACUUGCAGCAGCAAUACUAAACAAUGCCAUUGCUAAUGCAUCUACAUCAUCUGGAGUAGUACCAACAAGAAGGAUGACAUCCUCAAGAAGUUUGACUGCAAAUAGUGGAAGACACCAGAGACUGAGGGGACAGUCCAGUAUAACGCAAACUCUUCCUGUUUCUGCAACCCAAAGGGAAACCAGUAGGGAGGGUCAUGUAGAACUUAAUACUCCAAGGACCCCUGAAAAUGAUCAAACCAGUGUCCAACUUGUUGAUUUAAUAACUCCUGUGCAACCCACUAUCCCAGCUGCUAGAGCUAGGAGACCAUUAGAAGUCGACUUAACAUGUGACCUUGAUGAUGAAGUUUUUGUUGUCUUGGAAGAUAUUGUAAAUCCGUCGCGAAGACCCAACUUAUCUGAUCUUCCAAUAAUGCUUGGCAGCAGCCCACCGCGAGCCAGGCUGUUGGGGCCAAGAAAUCUUCGCUCUACGCCAGCAAGUAGACAAGCUCUUUCAAGAAAUCAAACUUUUCCAGUGGAGCCAACUACAAUUUCAUUGUCCCCAUCAUUUCAACAAGAAGGUUUACUUCAAAUACAAUGCCCUAUAUGCCUGGACUCAUUGUCUCAGGUUAAGCAAGCUAACCAGCAGAUGCACUCAACCAUAUGUGGACACUUGUUUUGUGGUCCUUGUAUAAGAAAAGUUAUUGCCUCUACUCAGCAGUGCCCGACCUGCCGUCAAAAAUUGGAUAUCCGCAAAAUUCACCCGAUUUUUAUUUGAAUGGUUUAUAAAUGUUUUCGAAGUUUCGUAUAAUACUUUGUUGAUUAAUACAGUAAAAUGUCGUAACACUAA